AUGAGUAAAUUCUACUCUGAUCGGAUGUUCUUCUGCCUAGACAAUGCUGACUUCCGAUUAUUCCGUUCGUUGGACACAACCGCUGCACGUCUGCUGGUGUCCGUUCCACUCGGUCCUCUGUGGCAGCAGGUGCAGGGAAGUGCCCAGUGGGAGCGCUUCGGCGUUGGCGUAGCGCAGUUCCUCAGCAACGCGAGCGUUCACGGACUGGAGAUACGCGUAGCGCCGAGCCUGUCUCUGAACGAAGACAUGCUUGCCAUGGUUCAUGUCGCCUGCACGGAAAUGAAGUAUUCAGACCAUGAACUGCUCUUCGUGUUUCGAACACGUUACGAGAGCAUCCUCGCCAAGAACGGCGUCAUGCAACAAAGCGUAAGUUGCCCAGACCUCGUAAUCUUUCGGACGGAGCACCACGAGCUGAAAAGCAAGGUACUGAGAGCACCAAACCCUUACCGAAGGUACCUGGGAGCGGACAUGGCUGAACUCUUUCUGUUUCAAGAACUCGAGAAGAUCUCGGGCCUGCGGGGGCCGGUCCGGAACCAGGAAUGGUGCUACAGCAUGGUCUUGGGCGGACUUCUCUUCAAGUAUUACAUGGGCCUCAAUUUUGGUGACGACGCUCAGUCUGGACCGCAGGAAAUCUCCCUGUCCGAGAUUUGUGAGCGUUUUUCGGUGAAGCGUUUCGAGGAUCUACGCACUCUAUCCUUCUAUUCGAUGGAGCACACCAAACACACCUGGGUUGGUUUCGAUGACGAUUGGUCCAUUCUUCGCAAGGCGGCUCUUGUGGAGCAGAGGGAGGGCCGUCCGCUCUGCGUGGCCGUUUUUCACGCGAACCUGGAUGACCACCGGCAGGCGUGCGGGCUCGGAUACGCCCCGGUGCUGCACAGGCUGCGACAGUUCAUCAACAACGUUUCCUACAACUCGCCGAUGGUAGUCGCCUGA